UCUUCUGGACCAGCUCUGAUUAUCUUUGUCCAACAGGAAGAUGAAGAUCUCUGUAGCUCUUUUUACUGCUCUUCUCAUUGCUGCCUCUUGCUCUCAGACCUUCUCUACCCCAGCGGGAUCUGAUCUCUCAAACUGCUGCUUCUCUUAUACGACCCGCAAGCUCCCGAAGAGACUCAUCUUGCGUUAUUUCAGCACCAGCAGCAAGUGCUCCCGGCCGGGCAUCAUGUUUAUCACAAAGAAAGGCCACCAAGUCUGUGCCAAUCCCAGUGACACCUGGGUUCUAAGUUAUCUGCAAAACUUGAAGCAGAACUGAGAGAAGCAAGAUGGUAACUGUAGCUGCUGUCAUGAAUGAGCCACGUUAUCCCAAGCUCCUGUGAUGGGGCAGGAUGCUGGCGUGGAAGGAGCUGUGCAAGCCCAUGUCAUCUGUAUGCAGCUCCAAGAGGACUGUAGGAGGGGGCCCA